ACACAAGAUCUUUUGAUCUCGGAGCGCCACCGCGUCGCGACACAUGAAGCUAAAGCGAUUCCUGCUGCGCUACUACCCGCCGGGUAUCAUACUUGAGUACGAGCUGCGCGAUGCCACCCGAGAAAUGAAGGAAAUUGACCUCCUGCACCUGACAGCCGAGUCAGACAUUGAAGUCCUCGUGAAUCAAAUCGUGUUUGAAGAGCCCCUGAUCUCUGAAUCUCGCAAGCCGCAACUGCGACGGCUGAUAUACAAACUAAUCGAGAAGCUUGAAGUGAACGACAACAGCGAUUUUUACCUGUUCAAGAUCCUGCGUGCGCACAUUUUGCCAUUGACCAACUGCGCGUUUAACAAGUCCGGCGACAAGUUCAUCACGGGGAGCUACGAUCGGACGUGCAAAGUGUGGGAUACGCAGAGCGGUGACGAGCUAUUGACUCUUGAGGGCCACAAGAACGUCGUGUACGCCAUCGCGUUCAACAAUCCAUACGGGGACAAGAUUAUCACCGGUUCCUUUGACAAAACAUGCAAAUUGUGGAAUGCCGACACGGGCCAGCUCUACCACACUUACCGCGGCCACUCGACCGAGAUCGUGUGCUUGUCGUUCAACCCGCAAGGCACGGUCAUCGCUACGGGGUCGAUGGACAACACGGCCAAGCUUUGGGACGUCGAGUCGGGCCAAGAGCUGCACACGUUGCUCGGUCACACUGCUGAAAUUGUGAGCCUCAACUUUGAUGCCCAAGGCGACAAGAUCAUUACCGGGUCCUUCGAUCAUACGGUCAAGGUGUGGGACGUUCGCAGUGGCCGUUGCAUCCACACGCUGGCAGGCCAUCACGGUGAAAUUUCGAGCACCCAAUUCAGCUACACGGGCGAGCUUUGCAUCAGUGGGUCCAUCGAUCGCACUUGCAAGAUCUGGGACGUCGCGAGUGGCCAGAAUGUCCAGACGUUACGAGGGCACAACGACGAGAUCUUGGACGUGAGCUUCAACUCGACCGGGUCCAAGCUCGUGACGGCGUCGGCGGACGGAACGUCGCGAAUUUAUAACACGAUGACGGGGGCAUGCCAGGCGAUCCUGAUCGGCCAUGAAGCUGAAAUAUCCAAAGUCACGUUCAAUCCUCAAGGCUCCAAGGUGCUCACGGCGAGCAGCGACAAGGUCGCGCGACUGUGGGAAGUCGAGACGGGCGACUGCUUGCAGAUGCUAGAAGGCCAUACUGACGAAAUCUUUAGUUGUGCGUUCAACUACGAAGGCGACACGAUUAUCACGGGGUCCAAGGACAACACGUGCCGCAUCUGGAAGUGCUAGGCGCCGCAAUGCUGGUUGUAUACAUAACAUGGAUUGAUGAUUCGUUGGUAUUGUAAGGUGUAUAUGGAGAUGUCGUCGUCGUUGGGUUGGAGGUAGGUAGAAUUUUCUACCUAACUGGCUGGGUGGCAGUCUUAGUACCCGCCAGAACCUGCCGGCGCGUCGGGCUGGACCCACGGCAACAGGACCAUCAACAAAUCGGCUUGGGGUUCCGUGCUCAAACCGAGGUAGAUGACAAGGGGAAGAAAACCAUAGUGCGCGAUGGGCUUGACGAACUUGAUCAGUUGGUUGCUGCGCAGCUUGAUCUGCUUCUUCACAGGGCCAUAAUGGAGCAGGUUUCCCAUCGUGAUGACGCGCUGGUUGUCGGAAUU